AUGGCCGAGGAGUUCGCGCGGAACCGGCAGUAUGAGUACCGCGCCAACAGCAACCUCGUGCUCGAGGCGGACCGGGAGAACCGGCGGCGCACGGACGAGCCCACGGGCGAGGUCGAGAGCCUCUUCGGGAAGAUGGGCGGCCAGAAGAUGGGCGACAAGCUGGGGCGGAACAAGGCGCCGGACCUCGAGGAGAAGGCGCGGCGCGCCAAGGCGAGCCGCGAGAAGCGCCAGCGCGGCGACGCCGAGGAGCACACGCGCGGCAAGCGGAAGCGGCGGUCCGGCGCCGAGGGCGACGACGGCGGCUCGUCCGGCGCGUACGAGCCCAAGACCAAGGAGGCGCGCGGCGCCUACGAGGCCAUCCUCGCCGGCGUGCGCGGGGCCAUGGGCGACGUGCCCCGCGACGUCCUAAGAGGGGCCGCGGACGAGGUGCUCUACACGUUGAAGGACGACCGGGUCAAGGACCCGGACAAGCACGUGCAGCUCGAGCGGCUCUUCGGCGCCAAGGUCGCCCCGGAGCGCUUCGCGGCCCUGGUGGCGUUGGGCAAGCAGAUCGUCGACUUUGGGCUCGACGAGCAGGCGCGGGGCCGCGACGGCGGCGACGGCGGCGACGACGGCGGCGCGCUCGACGAGGAGAUGGGCGUCGCCGUCGUCUUCGACGAGGACGAGAGCGACGAGGAGGAGCAGGACGUCGACGAGGUCCACAGCGAGGAGGACGACGACGACGCGGCGCGCGGCGUCGAGGCGGAGCACGACUCGAAGCUGCUCACGGGCGUCGAGGACGACGACGGCGACGGCGACGACCAUUUGUUGGACGUGCACGCGAUCGACGCGCACUGGCUCCAGCGCGGCAUCGGCGAGUACUACGACGACGCCAACGUGUCGGCGAAGCUCGCCGACGACGUGCUCGCCAUCCUCGGGCCCGAGGGCGGCGACGACCGCGAGUGCGAGAACCGCUUGGUCAUGCUCCUCGACUACGACAAGUUCGACUUCAUCAAGCUGCUUUUGAGCAACCGGCGCCGCGUGCUCUACUGCACGAGGCUCAAGCAGGCCCAGUCCGACGAGGACCGCAAGGCCGUCGAGGCGGCCAUGGUCAACGACGUCGAGGGCGGCGGCGCGGCGAUCCUCGAAGCGUUGCACGAGAAGGGCUCCGCGGAGACGUGGGCCCAGGACCGCGCGGCGGACUUCGCGUCGCGCACGCGCAAGGAGGCCGCCGAGGCGACCAAGAUGGAAUUGGACGGCGCGCCGGGCCACCGCGCGCCGAGCCAGGUCCUCGACCUCCAGUCGCUCGCCUUCGCCAAGGGCGGCCACCAGAUGACGAACAAGCGCUGCGAGCUGCCGCCCAAGUCCUGGCGCGCGCAGAAGAAGGGCUACGAGGAGGUCCACGUGCCCGCCGUCGUCAACACGGAGGCGGCGAAGAUUCCGCUGAUCCCCAUCGACAAGCUGCCGGCCUGGGCGCGGCCCGCGUUCGGGGGCAUGAAGACGCUGAACACGAUCCAGUCGAAAUUAUUGCCCGCGGCUUUGGAGGGGUCCGGAAACCUCCUGCUCUGCGCGCCCACGGGCGCGGGCAAGACGAACGUCGCGGUGCUCACGAUGUUGAACUGCAUGGCGCGCUACCGCACGUCCCCCGACGACGACGCGUCGCUGGCCAUGGACCUCGGCGCCUUCAAGAUCGUCUACGUGGCGCCCAUGAAGGCCCUCGUGCAGGAGUGCGUCUUGAACUUUGGGAAGCGCCUGGCGCCCUACGGCGUCAGCGUCAAGGAGCUCUCGGGCGACCAGUCGCUGACGUACCAGCAGAUCCAGGAGACGCAGGUCAUCGUGACGACGCCGGAGAAGUGGGACAUCGUCACGCGCAAGGGCGGCGACCGCGCCUACACGCAGCUCGUCAAGCUCUUGAUCAUGGACGAGAUCCACCUGUUGCACGACGACCGCGGGCCCGUGCUCGAAUCCGUCGUCGCGCGGACGAUCCGCCAGGUCGAGACGACGCGCGACGCCGUGCGUUUGCUCGGACUAUCGGCGACGCUGCCGAACUUCGCCGACGUCGCGACGCUCUUGCGCGUCGACCCGAGCAGCGGCUUGUUCUUCUUCGACAACUCGUUCCGCCCCGUGCCUUUGCAGCAGCAGUACGUCGGCGUCGCGGAGAAGAAGGCCAUCAAGCGCUUCCAGCUCAUGAACCAGAUCUGCUACGAGAAGACCCUGGCCCAGGCGGGCCGGAACCAGGUGCUCAUCUUCGUCCACUCGCGCGCGGAGACGGCGAAGACCGCCGCGGCGCUCCGCGACAUGGCGCUCUCGGACGACACGAUCUCGCGCUUCGUCCGCGAGGACUCCGCGACGCGCGAGAUCCUGCAGGAGGAGUGCGAGACGGCCAAGUCGGAGGCUCUACGCGACUUGCUGCCCUACGGCUUCGCGAUCCACCACGCGGGCAUGACGCGCGCGGACCGCAAUUUGGUGGAAGAUUUGUUCGCGGACAAGCACAUUCAAGUAUUGUGCUCCACGGCGACGCUGGCCUGGGGCGUGAACCUGCCCGCGCACACGGUCAUCAUCAAGGGCACGCAGAUCUACUCGCCGGAGAAGGGCAAGUGGACGGAGCUGAGCCCCCUGGACAUCGUCCAGAUGAUGGGCCGCGCGGGCCGGCCCCAAUUCGACUCCGAGGGCGAGGGCAUCAUCAUCACGCGCCACUCCGAACUGCAGUACUACCUCUCGCUCAUGAACCAGCAGCUGCCCGUCGAGUCGCAGCUCGUCAAGCACCUGCCGGACCACCUCAACGCGGAGAUCGAGAUGGGCUCCGUCCAGACCAUCAAGCAGGCCGCGGACUGGAUCGCCUAUACCUACUUGUACGUCCGCGCGCUCCAGGAGCCGGAGCGCUACGGCGCGACGCCCGACGACGGCGACGAGUCGUUGCUGCAGUACCGUCUAGAUCUCGCGCACUCCGCGGCGCUGGUCCUCGACAAGCACAACCUGGUCAAGUACGACCGCAAGUCCGGCGGGUUAGCUAUUACCGCCCUAGGGCGCGUCGCGGCGCACUACUACGUGUCCUACGCGUCCAUGGCGACGUACAACGAGCACCUGAAACCGACGCUCUCCGACAUCGAGCUCUUCCGCCUCUUCUCCUUCUCGGGCGAGUUCAAGCACAUCCACGUCCGCGAGGAGGAGAAGCUGGAACUCGCGAAAUUGGCGACGCGCGUGCCCAUCCCCAUCAAGGAGUCCAUGGAGGAGCCGUCGGCCAAGGUCAACGCGCUGCUCCAGGCCUACAUCUCGAAUCUGAGCCUGGAGGGCUUCGCGCUGGUCGCGGACAUGACCUUCGUGCGCCAGUCGGCCGCGCGGCUCUGCCGCGCGCUCUUCGAAAUCGCGCUCAAGCGCAAGUGGGCCGGCGUCGCGGCCAAGGCGCUGACGCUCUGCAAGAUGGUCGAGCGCAAGCUCUGGCUCAGCCAGUCGCCCCUGCGCCAGUUCAAGGGCGUGCCCGAGACCAUCGUGCGCAAGCUCGAGAAGAAGGAGAUCCCCUGGGACCGCUACUACGACCUCAAGCCGCAGGAUCUGGCGGAGUUGGUGAAGCUCCCGAAGAUGGGCAAGACGCUCCACCGCCUCGUGCACCAGGUGCCGCGCGUCGAGCUUUCGGCCCACGUGCAGCCCGUGUCGCGCGGUCUACUCAAGGUCGACCUCACGAUCACGCCCGACUUCAUCUUCGACCCGAAGGUCCACGACUACGCGCAGACGUUCCACGUGCUCGUCGAGGACGUCGACGGCGAGCGCAUCCUGCACCACGAGCCCUUCUCGCUGAAGCACAAGUUCAAGGACGAGGAGCACGUCGUCCAGUUCGCCAUCCCCGUCGGCGAUCCGCUGCCGCCGCAGUACUUCCUGAAAGUCGUCUCCGACCGCUGGCUCCACUCGUCCGCGGUGCUGCCCAUCUCGUUCCGCCACCUGAUCCUCCCGCGCAAGUACCCGCCCCACACGGAGCUCCUGGAUCUGCAGCCGUUGCCGGCGACGGCGCUGGGCUCGCCGAAGCUCGAGGCGCUGUUCGCGGGCGACGGCCGGUACUUCAACCCGAUCCAGACGCAAGCCUUCUCCGUCUUCUACGAGACGGACGACAACGCGCUCCUGUGCGCGCCCCACGGCUCCGGGCGCCUGGUGUGCUGCGAGUUCGCGCUCUUGCGCGCCGUCGUGCGCAAGCUCGCGGGCGGCGGCGCCGGCGGCGCGUGCGUCUACGUCGCGCCGCGGGCCGAGACCGUCGCGAGCCGUCUAGCCCGCUGGCGCGCCAAGUUCGCGCCGUUGGGCGCCGCCGUCGACGCGCUCACGGGCGACGUCACGUCCGACUUGCGGUUGGUGGCGAACUCGGAGGUCGUGCUGGCGACGGCGUCCCAGUGGGACGUGCUGAGCCGCCGCUGGAAGCAAAGAAAGGCCCUGCAGGGCAUCGCGCUCUUCGUCGCGGACGAGCUCCACUGUCUCGGGUCGCCCGAGGGCCCGACGCUCGAGGUCGUGGUCUCGCGGACGCGCUACAUGUCGUCCCAGCUGGAGAAGCCCGUGCGCGUGAUUGGCUUGGCAGCGUCCGUCGCCGACGCGAAAGACGUCGCGGACUGGCUCGGCUGCUCGGCCCCGGGCAGCAAAAGGGUGAUUCAACGCUCGGCCCCGGGCACGUUCUCGUUCCACUCCAACGUGCGGCCCAUCCCCAUGGAGCUCUUCCUCCACGCCUUCGACACGCCCCACUUCGCGUCGCGGUUGCUGGCCAUGGGCAAGACGCUCUACAACGUGCUCAACCGCCACUCGCCCGCGGCGCCGGCCUUGGUCUUCGUCACGUCCCGGAAGCAGUGCCAGCUCGCGGCCAUCGAUCUGAUGGUCCACGCCGCCGCGGACCCGCAGGCCGCGUCCAAGCGCGAGCGCUACAUGGCGCUGGGCGACGACGAGCUCGGCGCCUUCGAGGACCCGGCCCUGCAGCAGACCCUGGCGCGCGGCGUCGCGUUCGUCCACGGCGGCCUGUCGUCCAACGACCGGGCCCGGGUCCUCGACUUGUACGCCCGGGACCUCGUCUGGGCGCUCUGCGCCCCGGCGGAGGCCUGCCGCGACGUCGACGUGUCCGCCCACAUGGUCGUCGUCAUGGGCACGGAGUCCUACGACGCGAAGGAGCAUCGCUACGUCGACUACGCCGUCGGCAGCCUGCUCGAGAUGAUCGGCAAGGCCGGGCGGCCGGGCGUCGACGAGGACUGCAAGUGCGCCGUGCUCUGCCACACGCCGAAGAAGGACUACCUCCGGCGGUUGUUGUACGAGCCUUUACCGGUGGAGAGCCACCUCGACCACGACUUGCACGACCACGUGAACGCGGAGAUCGUCACGAAGACCAUCGAGAACAAGCAGGACGCGGUGGACUACCUGACCUGGACCUUCUACUACCGCCGCCUGGCGCAGAACCCGAACUACUACAAUCUGCAGGGCGGGUCGCACCGCCACGUGUCGGACCAUUUGUCGGAGCUCGUCGAGAACAUCGUGGGAGACUUGGAGGAGGCGCAGUGCGUCGCCGUCGACGACGAGAUGGACCUGUCGGCGCUGAACCUGGGCAUGAUCGCCGCGUAUUACUGCGUCAAGUACACGACCGUCGAGCUCUUCGCGUCGUCCGUGGCCAAGAAGUCGAAGAUCCCCGCGCUCUUGGAGGUCGUCUCGAACGCGGCGGAAUUCGGCGACUUGGCCGCGCGGCACCACGAGGCGGGCGUCCUCGAGAAGCUGGCGCUCCACGCGAAGCACAAGCUGCCGAGCGGCGGCCUCGCCGCGCCCCAGGCCAAGGCGAACCUGCUGCUGCAGUCCCACUUCUCGCGCGUGCCGCUCUCGGCGGAGCUCCGCGCGGACCGCGACGGCGCGGUGGCCGCGUCCAUCACGCUCCUCCAGGCGUUGGUCGACGUCGUCUCGAGCAACGGCUGGCUCGCGCCGGCGCUCCACGCCAUGGAGCUCUGCCAGAUGGUCGUCCAGGGCCUCUGGCACGACGACCCUUCGCUGCUGCAAAUCCCGCACGUCGACGGCGACACGCUCUCGCGCGCCGCGGCCGCGGGCGCCACGCUGGAGACGGCCUUCGACGUCCUCGACCUCGAGGACGACGUGCGCGACAAAAUCCUCGCCCUGGGGCCCGCGGAGAUGGCCGACGUCGCGGAAUGGUGCAACGACUUCCCGAACGUCGAGUUGCAGUACGCCGUCGACGACGCGGACGGCGUCGUCGCGGGCGAGCCCGUGUCGCUGACCGUGACGCUCGAGCGCGACGUCGACGACGACAUGACGGACAUCGGCCGCGUGCGCGCGGCGCGCUUCCCGGGCCUCAAGAAGGAGGGCUGGUGGCUCGUCGUCGCCGACGUGAAGAACAACGCGCUCCUCUCCAUCAAGCGCGUGUCCCUGCUCCAGACGGCCAAGGUGAGCCUCGACUUCGUCGCGCCGGAGACGCCGGGCAACGCGGACCUCACGCUCUACUUCGUCUGCGACUCCUACCUCGGCUGCGACCAGGAGUACGAGUUCGCGCUCGCCGUGCAGCCCGGGACCGACGAGUAAACAAGCCUUCGGACG